AGUAAACGUAGUCUCGGAAAUUGAUACGAUAUGCUGUUCCUAGGUCCGUGUGCAGCUUUUUUUUCUGAAGUCCGGACGUUUCGACCAUACUCCACACAUUGACAGUUUAUCUUUUUCCUGUUAUAUCUGUUCGUAAUUGUAACUGUAUCAAUUAGACUUUGGAAUUGGGUGUCUGAAGUCCCAAAUCUAGCAAUCUCAGGGUGCAGAAUUGAGAAAAAAUUCUACUCAUCAUGUCGGUGACAUUGCAUACGAACGUGGGGGAAAUCAAGUGCGAAAUUUUAUGUGAUGAAGUUCCUAAGGCUGCUGAGAAUUUUCUUGCGCUCUGUGCCAGUGGAUAUUACGAUGGCACAAUCUUUCACAGGAACAUCAAGGGUUUUAUGAUUCAAGGUGGAGAUCCCACUGGAACCGGGCGAGGCGGCACCAGCAUAUGGGGACGCAAGUUUAACGAUGAAAUCCGUGAAUCUUUGAAACAUAAUGCCAGAGGUGUUCUGUCGAUGGCCAACAGUGGACCGAAUACAAAUGGAAGUCAGUUCUUUAUGACCUACGGAAAGCAGCCUCACCUUAAUGGACUCUACACGAUCUUUGGUCGUGUUAUUCACGGAUUUGAAGUCCUGGACGUGAUGGAAAAGACACCGACAGGAGCAGGUGAUAAGCCUCUUGCAGAAAUUCGCUUAAACCGGGUGACGAUACAUGCCAAUCCUUUAGCUGGGUAGUGACAAUGUCUGCAUUGCUUCCUUCGCACAUUUUUAGUAGUUUUAAACUGUGGUUAGGCUACAUUGGACACAUGACACAUUAUAGUUGUGUUUUCCCCAGGCAUAUGGAGUGACAUCUACACUGAGCCUUAUGCUUGGCUUAUGUAUAUGUUGAAACCAUAAUUUUUUAAAUCUAGAAUUGUUAUAACACAUUCAACUUUUUACUGA